CAACUGCUAACAAGUCAAUCAACAUUACACAUUUAAAAUAUAGCCGUCAGUCACAUGUUGUCAUUCUUAGUCGCAUAGUUCAGGAUAUUGUUUUAGUGCUAAUGUAGGUUUGGUAGUGUUUUAGGCUUUCACAUUACAGACACUUAGUUAAUCAGUGACUAUGGCUUUUGGAUUUGUUUCAGGAGGCCUGCUUCUCCUGUGUGCAGUAGCUUGUGCACUGCGUGACUCUAAAAACACAUUGCAACAGCCCUCCAGACUUCCACAAGUUCCCAUUGUGGUUGAAUGCAAGGCCCAUUCCCUGUUCAUCUCAGUAGACAUACCACCUUCUGGCAGUGAGCCUCGUUUUGAGGCCAUUGAUGCCACAGGUGCGUAUCCUGUCACAGAGAGCUAUGGGGCUCAGUGUGGUUACACUUACUCUGUCCUGCCUUUGCUGGGUCGUGUUGAUCUCCGAGCAUCAUACUUCUCCUGUCACACGGGAAAUCGGAAAGAUGAGGUCUUCACCUUCAUGUUUGGUGUGUUCAUUAUGGAUAAGAGUGGCAAAGACUCAUUUUUCAAUGUCUCCAAGACUUGCUCUGUUCCUCCUUUCUCUCCGAGGGUGGUUACAUGUGAGGAGAACUACAUGGAGGUGUCUGUGAGAACUGAUCUACCUUGUCCUACAGCUGGCAGUAUUAAAGAAGACUUCUCUGCAGCUUUAGCUGUGGCCCAAAGUUCAGCUGUUGAGGCCUGGCAGGUGAUGCUACAACGAGAGGGCCAGCAGUCUGAGGUCAUGUCAACUGAAAAUGCUGCUACUCUGGGCUACUUCAUAAUGGUCACACCUGGCAGACUUGUCCUUCGAACAACCUUUGGACAACGCCAUGCUUCUGUAAAAAUGGUUAAUGGUGUUGCGGUUGAAGUGAUCCGAGCCACAGUGUUUUUCAGACAGAACUGGAUGGUGGUCAUGGUUGACCUGGUUGCUGCCUGUUCACUGGAUAAAGGCUCUUUUGAUGGCUACAGACUUCACUGGAGGACCCCUGCAGUAAUGACUCCCCUGGUUGUUGGACCCUCUGAGUUGAGGAGCGAGUACAUAGGCAUAGGAGUUGAUGGUGAGGUUGUAGAUGAACAGGCUGCGAUAGACCGAGGCUACUCUGUGACCGUUGCUGAAGAGACUGUAGAGAGUAGCAUCCCCUUUGCUGCUGAGGGAGGAAUACGAAAGAGUUUUGUGAUGGAAAAUAUGUAUAAUGAGCUGUACAUGGUCCAGCUGACCUACCAGCAAAUGCUUGUGGACCAGCAUGGUGUGGUGACCAAGCAUAAUGUGGUCCGGCAGAUGGCUACUCCACCAAUUCCUCAUCCUCCCUUUUCAGUUAACCAAACGACCCUUGAGGCGCGAGUCUUCCAGGUCUACCUGGGUAAUAUUCCUUCUGAUGUGGAACUGGUGUCUGUGGAGCUGAAUGGGCAGGAGAUCUCCGUAUUGACUGCCGCACAGAUGGGGUACGCCAUCACCAGAGUCUCGGAAGGCAAAAAUACCUUUGCGUACAUCAUUAGGGUGCCUUUUGAUGACCAAUUUGUUGUGAAGCAGUACAUUUCGGUGGGCAUUAAGUACUCUCUGGAAAUUAAAUGGACUUUGAACAUCAUACCUCAGAUGGAGGCAUAUUACCACUUUUCUUCUGUGUCUGCUUUAAUCGUUGAUGCCAUACCGCCAGUGUUUGACAGCAUGUGUACUGACAAUGGCAUAAGCUUCAUGAAGGACCAUCAGCAGUAUGACUACUUGUGGGACAUUGCCAUUGGGUCUUACACCUUGACCCCACAGCUGGCAUCGGAGCGUGGCUACAUCCUGACCAGUGACAGCACCACAUUAAUAUUGGCUGUGCCUCUGUUUACCAUUGGAUACGUUUAUGAGGAUAUUACUCUACAGCGGUUCUAUGGCACUUUUGAACUUCUCUCCAGAAAUGUUAAAACCCUGGAGAUUGAUAAGUCCUCAGCCAAACGCUGCCGCUUCCAAACCGCUGAGCUUUUGGUGUGCACUACUGAGGGUGUGAUGACUGUAGUGACUGACAUCACUAAAGUGGUACCUUCCGCCAAUCCUGCCAGAACCACACUGUUGGACCGAAGCUGCAGACCCCAAGAA